AUGAAAGCUUGUGAUAAAAAGAAGGAAGAGAAGACUAAGAAGAAAAGCAGGAAGAAGACCAAGUUCGAAGAGUUCAUGGAUAUGGAGAUGAACAUGGUGGGUUCCUCUGAUCAAUUUGACUUGGAAGCGGAGAAGAAACUUGCUAAGAAGCUCAAGGUAAAGCGUGGCAAACUGGGGGGCUUUGACGACGGCCUUGACAUGUUGUUGGAGGGGAUUCCUUCAGCUCUUGAUGAAGACGUGGGUUUUGGAGAGAAGAGCAGAUUUGAAGAAGAUCGUAAGAAUGUCUCAUCUACUAAAAAGCGGAAGAGGAUGAAACCUUCCAGUCCUGCGGAAAAUGACCAGAUUGAAACGAGAGAGUUUGGUGCUCCAGACGGAGUCUCCACACAGCAGCCAAUUAUUCAUGAAGAACCGAUGGCUAAGAGAACUGCAGGUGAUGGAACUACAAAGUACGUUGCUCCUCACUUGAGAUCCUCCCCUGGUAAUGAGUCGGAGGAGAUUUCCCAGAUGCGACGCAGAGUGAGAGGUAUGGUACUUAUUCAUCUGUUAUGAUUUUUAUAUUAUCUUUGGAUUCCUCUUUGAAUUGGUGAACCUUGUUGUUUCUGUGGUUAGGGCUUCUUAACAGGCUUUCUGAAUCGAAUAUCGAGUCUAUCACUCACGAAAUUGCAGGCAUGUAUCAGGUAAUGCCCUCGACUGUAAUUAUUUUUCAUUGUCAGCACCGUUUUGACUCUGGCUUCUAUGAUGAGAUCAUAUGCUUGCUACGUUAUCUUUUCCUACUUUACUUCCAUGCAGCAUAGAGGACUUGACGCAUUGUAAUCACUUGCCUGGUUUAUUAAUGAUUACUCUUGUCCGGUUUUACAUUUUUAUUUGGCAGUCCAUGGGCCGCAGUAUCAGCUGCCAGGUGAUUAGUGAGGAGGUGCUGUCAUCUUGCUCCGGAGGACUUCGAGGAAAUGAACAGUUAAGGGCAGACUAUCUCUUCAACCCCCCCGGGGCACAUGUUUGCAUUAAGUAGGCGAACAGAGUCACUUCUUGCUAAAUCAGUCCAAAGAGGGAAUCGGUUUCUUCCUGAAAACAUGAUAGAAUGGCAAGAACAUCACAGUGAUGAAUUUUGAAACUUUUUUAUGCCCCAAUAUUUUUGUUCCGAAGCCCAUCCAACAUUACCUGACCAGGAUAUCUUGACAUUUUUUUCUCUUUUUCCUAGCAUUUCAUUGAUAACUAAAUAAUUGAAGGUAUAUAUGCCACUAAUGCAAGGUCAACAAUGUAUUAAGUCAAAAUCCCUAUCUUAUGUUCUUAGACUCCUGCUGUGUUUUCCUGUACUGGUGUGUCUUGAGUCAUUGUGGGGCCCCUAUCUGACUUGCCUUUUGACAGUUCUGGUCCUGGCCUGCUUAUUCUGUUAUGAAUGCCCGAAAAAUAGUCUGGUCUGAGGACUGGACCCCACUUUGGAUACUCUGACCAGUCUCUUCCCUCCUGUGCAGGUACGCUGCCGUCUUUGCAGCAUUUGUUGCAGGCAUGGCUUGUUCAGUAGGAGUUGACUUUGGUGGCAAGCUGAUCGCUUCUCUUGCUAGAUCCUUUGAGGUGCCCAUCUCCCUGUCUUUUUCCAUGGGGGUUGACCUUGGCUGUCCCUCUUCAGGGUUUGGAGUAUCAUCUGGGUUUUGUUUACAGGAGGAAUACCAGAAGGAGGACGGCCUUUCUCUGAGAAACCUGACACUGCUGCUCUCUUACUUGUACAUCUUUGGAGCCUGCGGCAGGUUUGCCCCUCCUCCCGAUCUCCCAGUUUUCCAAUAAUAAAUGAGACUCUAAAUGCCGCAGCUUUUUUGGCUCUGCAGUGACCUGAUUUACGAUUUUCUGUUGGUUCUGACCAAGCGGCUGACCGAGCUAGAUGUGUCCACCAUCUUGACAGUCCUUCAAUGUGAGUCCCUCUGAAUCCUGUCUAAUGACAUCAAGUUGAUGAUUCCUAUUCGUAGCAGUGGGAAAAUGUAUCUCUAGACCAGCUCAGACCAUACUGCUUGGAGCUUAGUUGAAGGUCGGGUUGGAUGAGUAAAGAAUUAUUUUGGAUCGGACUCUGUCGAUUUAAAUCCGUACUGUUUGGAAUUUGUUUGACUCGGGUCAGAUGGGUCAACACUUUAGUCAGAAGAACUGGACUGGCGGGUUGGAUCAUACUCUGCCGAUGGUCAACCUGCUGAUUGGGAUUGGCCGAGUCAAAUGUCCACUGGUCAACCUGCUGUUUGACUAUGGUGAGAUGGAAAAUUGGAGACCCAGAUUGGGUGUUCCACUGGUCAAGACCGGAAUCUGUUGACUUCUCCUGCGAUUUAAAUACUGGCACUCCCCUUUCAUGCUCUUUCAAAACUUAUGUCAACGUUGACUGAUGAGAAGCUCUGCUCUUAUGGGUGUACGAAUUAGGUUGCGGGAUGAAGCUGAGGGCCGGUGAUCCCAGCGCGAUGAUGCAGUUCAUCGUUGGGAUUCAGAGCAGGGUGAACGAGUUGGAUGCCGCCGCAGCCUCUGGGAAAGGCAAGAGGGUGCGUUUUUUCAUGCUCAUGUAGGUUUUUCAUGUAGGUUCUUUGGUGUGAAUUAUUUUUCUCAUGUAUGUAUUUUUACAGAUUUUACGUAUAUGUAAAAUAUAAGAAAAGGCUAUUACGCCUUAGUAUGCCCAUGUUCUUCAGGUUUGUGUAAGUUUUUGGUGGGAAUUAUUAUUUUCGAGUGUGUAAAUGUGUGAGAGCCAUCUGUGCAGAUGGAGUUCAUGCUGGAGACCAUAUGUGACAUCAAGAACAACAAGAAGAAGGCCAGAGAGGACCCCGCCCAUCACAUUCGGAUCAAGAAAUGGUUGCAGAAGGUCUCUCUCUCUCUCUCUCUCUCUCUCUCUCUCCCUCCCCCCACUCUACUCCUCUUUCUUCUCUACUAUACUCUCUCCACUCGUCUCUUAUCUCUCUCUACACUACUCUACUCUCUCUCUCUCUCUCCCUACUCUACUCUACUCUACUCUCUCUAAGCUCUCUUCCUACACUAUGCUCCCUCUCUAAGUUAUCUCUCUCUCUCUCUGAGAGCUUUCUCAAUGUAUGUUUUGACAUGCAGCUGAGAGCGGAUGAUGUGCUGCUGAGGAAUCUCACUUGGGGCAAGCUGCUGGACCCGGAGAAGAAGGGGCAGUGGUGGCUGGCCGGAGAGUCGACCUCAACGGCGGCCGAUGACAUCAGGGAGGUGGCCACCGCCACCGACCAGCAGGCCCCUGAGGCCCAGCGGCUCGUCCAGCUGGCGGCCGCCCAGCGGAUGAACACCGACGUCAGGAGGGCCAUCUUCUGCAUCAUCAUGAGCGGGGAGGAUUACAUCGACGCCUUCGAGAAGAUUCUCCGCCUUGAUCUCUCUGGCAAGCAGGUCCAUCCCUCCUCUCUCUCUCUCUCUCUCUCUCUCUCUCUCUAACGCACAUACGGGCGGUCUCAUGAUCAGCGGAUCAGGAUCGAGAUGGGCAUCAGAUGAUCGUCUGAUUCCUGAUUCUCAGCUGGUGGCUUUCUCCAAUUGGCUAGGUGGCCAGAUUGAGCUGAUUCUGUCGGCCGGGGGUUCUUGCUAUUUCCGUCAGGGACUUCGGACAGGAUCUAGAGGCCGUUGAUCUUAUUUUAUUUUUUGCUAUCGAUGGAAAGACGGCUGGUUGACCGAAUGGACAUGCAUGCAUGCAGGACAGGGAGAUCAUGAGGGUCCUGGUGGAAUGCUGCCUUCAGGAGAAGGUCUUCAACCGCUACUACGCCGUCCUCGCCACCAAAUUCUGCGCCCACGACAAGAACCACAAGUUCACUCUCCAGGUAUCCCGGAGAGCGUUGACUUUUGGACAGGGUUGGAAAGGGAGAGCAAAAACUGACACAUGUUGGAUGGAUGGUCUCUGCGUCACCAGUACUGCCUGUGGGACCACUACAAGGAGCUGGAGGGGAUGGAGCUGGGGCGGUCCCUGAACCUGGCGAGGUUCACGGCGGAGAUGCUGACGUCAUUCGCGCUGCCGCUGGCGGCACUGAAGGCCGUUGACUUAGGGGGGGCGAUGGCGGCGCGGAAGGUGAUGCAUUUUCGGAUGAUGUUCGAGGCGCUGCUGGCGGCCGCCGACGCCGUCGUGUGGACCGUCUUCACGAGGGUCGCCGGGCCGCCGGAGCUGGAGGCACUCCGCGGGGGCCUUGAAUUCUUCAUAAGCCGCCACGUGGUCGGCGACGCCGCCUCGCGGGCGAGGUUCGACCUCGCCCGGAAGGCUCUCCGGAACGUCGCCGGCGUCCUCAUGUGA